CGCGUGGACCCAGAAAUGUCCUCUAUGCCAUUACUACUAAUAGCAUAUCUUGUCUUUCUUCCCCCAUUUGUGAGAAUACACAUGUUCCUUCUCAUUUCAUCUUCCAAAUUUUUUCUCUCUAGGUUUUCCUAGAAAGAUUCAUUCAUUUCUUCUUCCAACAAUAUCCAAGAGAAGGAUAAAAUACAAAACAAACAAAAAAACCCUAGAAGAUCGAGUAGAAAAAAGAAAGAAAAAUAACAUGGAUGAUAGCAUAUCAAGUUUUUUUGAAGAUCAAGACUUUAGAGAUCCAAGUUUCUCAGGCUUUCCGACGUCGCCGGAAGAUCUCUUUAGCAUCUUUGAUGCCUUAGAAGGUUUAAAAGAUGCGACGACGACGACAACAACAACAACUUCCGGUGGUGGGGAUGAAGAUGCAACAAGAAAGAGUUUUAUGUUUCAAGAUUUGUGUGAGAGUGAUGAGCUUGAUGCACUUGAAGCUGAGUUAGGUGAUAAUGAAUUACUACCUAAGAGUAAGAGGGCUAAAAUAGCAACUUCAGAAGAAAAAGAAAUUGGACAAGAAGGAAGUAAGGUUUCUCAUAUAACAGUUGAAAGGAAUAGAAGGAAGCAAAUGAAUGAUCAUCUUUCUGUCUUGCGUUCUCUUAUGCCUUGCUUCUAUGUCAAGAGAGGAGAUCAAGCAUCAAUAAUAGGUGGAGUUGUGGAUUAUAUCAAUGAGUUGCAACAACUUCUUCAAUCACUUGAAGCCAAGAAGCAAAGAAAAGUUUAUAGUGAUGUACUUAGUCCUAGAGUUAUUUCAAGUCCAAGACCUUCACCUCAAGUACUUAGCCCUAGAAAACCACCAUUAAGCCCUAGACUUAACCUACCAAUUAGUCCAAGAACCCCUCAACCAAGCAGCCCUUAUAGACCAAGGCUAAUAUCUCCUACAAUGUCUACUCCGAUCGACCUUUCGCCGACGCCGUCUUCUUCAAGCUCCUCCCUUAAUGAUUCUGCCAAUGAGCUUGUAGCUAACUCUAGAUCUCCGGUGGCCGAGGUAGAAGUUAAGUUUUCCGGCCCAAAUCUCCUCCUUAAGACGGUUUCUCCAAGAAUUCCAGGACAAGUUGUGAAAAUCAUUUCCACUCUUGAAGAUCUAUCCCUUGAGAUUCUUGAUAUCAACAUUAUCACCAUGGAAGACACUAUGCUUAACUCCUUUACCAUCAAGAUUGGAAUUGAAUGUCAGCUCAGUGCUGAAGAACUUGCUCACCAAAUCCAACAAACAUUCUGCUCUUUUCCACUUUUAAAUUAAUUGAUAAACCCUACAAAAUCAAUAUCCUCCAAAAAAAAAAAAUGUACUUCAAUGAAAAAUUAAAUUACUGAAAUAAUAAUUAAUAUAACCGUGCUCUCUGACCUGAUUCUGCAACAAUAAACAGUUUGGGAGAAGCAAGUGCAUUUACCGUCUCAUAAUUUAAUUUACUGAUCAUGUAACUGUAGUUUUAAUUUCUCUUCAUUCUCAUUUGGUUUUUUUUUGGGGUAAAAACUGUAACUUUUGUUGUCAUUAUUGUUUGUUGACAGAAAGUAGUGUAACCCUUUUUUUUUUUUAACCUUGUGUAAUCUUGAGUAGUUGUGGUACACGUACAGAUACCAUGUUGCUAAAGUUUUGAAUUCCAACAAUGAACUUUUUUUUA